UCGGGUCAGGAUGGUCCUGGCCUACCUGUUUACCCAGCUGAGUCUGUGGGCCCGGGGGAAGCCAGGUGGAUUGCUGGUGCUGGGCUCAGCCAACGUAGAUGAGAGUUUGACAGGGUAUUUCACAAAGUAUGACUGCUCCAGUGCUGACAUCAACCCAAUAGGAGGCAUCAGCAAGACAGACCUGAAGAGCUUUCUGCUUUACUGUGCUGAGCAGUUCCAGCUCACCACUCUGAGAGGCAUCCUGGCUGCUCCGCCCACAGCUGAACUGGAGCCACUGACAGACGGACAGGUUUCACAAACAGAUGAGGCAGACAUGGGAAUGACCUACUCUGAACUGUCUGUGAUUGGACGCCUGAGGAAGAUCUCCAAGUGUGGCCCCUUCAGUAUGUUCUGUAAACUCAUUCACGUGUGGAAGUAUGCGCUCUCAGCCACAGAGGUGGCCCAGAAGGUGAAGCGCUUCUUCUGGAUGUACUCCGUGAACCGCCACAAGAUGACCACAGUGACGCCGUCCUACCACGCGGAGAGCUACAGUCCUGAUGACAACCGCUUUGACCUCCGACCUUUCCUCUAUAAUACACGCUGGACCUGGCAGUUCAGGUGCAUCGACAACCAGGUGUCUCAGAUGGCAGCAAACACCCCGAAGCAAUAAGAUGCUGAGGUCUUCAGUGUCCAGUGAAAAUCCAUCAGAACUGCUGAACAGAGCUGAAAUAUUGUUUGGUGGUUGUGUACACUUUUCAGUAACGUCAAUACGUUUGUACUGUUCUUGCAAGCACAGCCAAUCAUUUUCUGGGACCCUACAUAACCUUUGUCCUUCCACCUUCAACAUUUGUGACCUCUGAUUACAUGCCAUCAUUCCCAGAAGUUGCAAAGAAGCAUGGGAUCAUUUUAAGUAUUUCCUCAUGUGAAAUGCAGUAAUGAAGUAAUUUGUGGCCAAAUAUGCUACAUAUUUAAUCACAGUGUAAGAAGCGGCUGUUCCACCACUUUGAACCUUGCACGUGUCGUGAUCAAUACCAGCUGGAAUCAAUAUAUUUGGUAGCUCUUUCUUGAAGCCUCACCUUGAAAAAUAAAGCCACUGCUGGGGUUUUCAAA